AGGGUAGGGUGUGGUAUGGAGAGGGGAUUGGGGUAAAUGGGUAGUAGAGCAGGGGGGGGGCGUAUAUGUCAUUUGCUCACUGCUGUGAUUUGUUUGUUCGAGAGAGGGAGGGCUCGAGGGGGAUUUGGGAGGAGGUAGGGUACAGAGCUAAAACAUAGUAGGGUUUAAUGAUCAGCUAAUCCCCCCUCCUCUACUGAAAGGGCAGUAUAUAACACAGGGCAGCCUGCUGCUCGCACAUCAUUUAAACAGCAAGGAAGUCUAGGUUAUAGGCAGAGGGGGAGAAAACACUGUUGAGAGGAGCACAAAGUAGAGGAAAGUAAGAACAGUGAAACGCUUUCAUUAGACAAGAAAGUCAUGAUGAAGCUGUUUUCCUUAUUGCUGCUGCUAGCUAGUACCACUGCUGCUGUCCCUCUGGAAUCAUCAGGUAGAGAAGAGUUUCCCACCCUGCCCUCCCAGGCCUUUGCCACAGCACCAAACCCAACCGAAGCAAAGUCUCGCUUUGCCAUGCUGGAUGAUGUUCGUCUUCUUGCAAACGGCCUACUUCAGCUAGGCCAGAGUUUACGAGAGUUUGUCCACAAGACCAAAACCCAAAUCAACGACAUUUUCCAAAAGUUGAACAUUUUCGACCGCUCUUUUUACCAGCUCUCAGUGGUCACAUCAGAGAUCAAGGAGGAAGAGGAGGAGCUGAAGAAGACCACGAAUUUCUUGAAGGCCAACAAUGAGGAGAUCAAGAACCUGUCGCUGGAAAUCAACUCUAAGAUCAACGGCAUCCUGCAGGAGCGUACACAGCUGCAGAGCAAGGUGGGAAGCCUCGAAGAAAGGCUGAAGGGACUGUCGCAGAGUAUUGUCCCUGUUGACCAGCUUAGUGAAAUCACAACACUCAAGGAGGUGAUUGACGCUCAAGAGAAAACUAUCUCUGAUCUGCUGAAAGCUGUGGGGGAGCAGCAUGAUCAGCUCAACAAUCAAAAAAUCAUGAUAAAAAAUCUGGAGGAAAAGAUAAGCUAUGACAGCUUUCAAGAUACAGUUGAUAAGCCAAUGGAUUCAGACUCUGCUGCUUCCGAUAUGUUUGAAUAUCUGACAGGAAACUCAACUGGCCUGGACACAAAUGACCUCCCUAUGGAUUGCAGUGAGGUGUUUAACAAAGGAGAGGCAAACAGUGGAAUCUAUGUAAUCAAGCCAAACAAAUCGGAGCCAUUCAACGUAUACUGUGAACUGGGAAUAGAUGGGGGUUCAACUGUCAUCCAACGCAGGGUUGAUGGUUCAGUGGAUUUUGACCAGACGUUGAACAAGUACGAGAAAGGCUUUGGAGAUCUGGAAAAGGACUUCUGGUUGGGCUUGAAGAAGAUCCACAGCUUAACACAGCAGGGAGUUUACAUCAUGCGUAUUGAUCUGGAGGACUGGAAGGAGGAGAAGCAUUGGGUUGAAUACCGUUUCUCACUGGAGGGUCCCUCCAUGGACUACACCCUUCAUGUCAGCCACUUUUCUGGUGACCUGCCUGAUGCCAUGGCCAACAACACUGGAAGGAGAUUCUCAACAAAAGACAGCAAGAACGACAACCAUCGAAACUCCAACUGCGCUCGCAGUUACACCGGUGGUUGGUGGUUCAAUGGCUGUGGGGAAACAAACCUGAAUGGAAGGUACUUGUGGUUGAAGGCAAAAGGACGCUCAAUGAGAAGGAGAGUCAUUCACUGGAAGCCUGGUACAGGGCCUUCAUAUUCCCUCAAGAUGACCAAGAUCACCAUACGACCAGACCCUACUGCUAAAAGCCUCAACUGAACCCCGUUAGUCAUGCCUUCUCGUUCCACAGAAAUGAAGUAACACAGGCAUUAUUUAUAUCAACAACACCAAAUUUAAUUUAUCUGCAACAUUAGGCCAAUUGCUUCCAUACAUCAUUUUGUCAGAGGCUGGUGGUGACCAACAGAUGACAGACAGGCCAGAAGAGUCACAAGCCAGAAUAUGCUGAUCAGUCGCAAUGGUGCAACCAUGGCACACAGGUCAUUAACCUAUUGUUUCUGAUCCAACAGGGACAGUAGAACUGUCAUUAUGCAACGUCUGCAAUCACUUGCAAAAUGGACAUAUUGAUCCACAUCAGUAACCUAAUUCAGUGCUGGAGGCAAAAUGUCACACUACUGCAUAAGAAAAAAACUAAACUAUUGCUUGGCUAUGUUUUAAAUGAGCUUAAAUGAACGACAGCUUCCAUGUUAGCUAUUUAAACUGUAUUUUAUCUUUGUGAUGUGAAACUGUUGCAUGGUUCUGAUGAGCUACUGGCACAAAUAACAACAGAUUAUUACAUAAAGCAUGCAAACUAUAAGUCAGGGCUCAAGAGAAACAUCUGUACCAUGUGUCCAUAGAGGUAUUUUCUUUUCAAUGAAGGGCUUGUAAUUUAUGUCCUGGUAUUUUACACUUAACACCGCUAGUUUUACAAUCCACAAAGUGAGGCCAACCUUAGCAGUGAAUUACAAAACAAAAGAGUAUAAGAGAGUAAAAAAAAAA